AUAGAUGCCACAUUGUUGAUUAUCAUUGUAGUAGCAGCUGUGAUAGUAUCUAUAGCUAUUGUGGUUUCUAUAACACUGUGUAUUGUGAGAUGUAACAAUGUGAGAAAUAGCUCCUCUGAAAGAACAGCAGAAGAGAAACAGGCAUACCAAUGUCGCAAUGAGAUGAGACAGUUGAUCUAUCAAGGUAACAACAGUGUAUCUGUGAUGUCAGGUAAUCGAGGAGAGACAUCAGACAGAUAUGGUCAUUCGAGGAGCCAUUACUAUCCAGAUGACUGGAAGAUGUCUACAAUGAACAGAAGUCUUCAAAAGUCUACAAAGCAGAAAUACAGUCAACCCAUUGAGGUAACAUCUUAUGGAGACAACAGACCAUCUUCUAACUAUCCCACUGACACAUUGACCAGUCGUAAGAGUAGUGGACAGUGCUGGAGUGAGCGGUCAAGUAGACAGUAUGAAGAAAUACCAGCAAUGUCAGGAAUCUAUGGUGGUGCCCCACCUGAUGUAUCAAGCACCAUUGAGAGAGACCAUUACCAAGACAGAUAUGUGAAACCUCCAGAGAGACAGUUACCUUCAACACCAGAUGUUGUUGUCAGUUAAGUGAGACUGAGAAGUUAACACAACAGAAAUAAUAUCACCCUUCAACAUUCACACAAUAUUUAAAACAACACAAAUAUAUUAGUUAAUUAUUAAAAUUGCCUACAUGUGAUUGGAUAUCUGUGUGUGUUUCAGACAAUAAUUUUACAGCUUCAGAUAUGAGGAAUAAAUAUAUAACUCUGUAUUGUUAGGUUAACCAAAGAUAAAGUAAUUACUUUAAGAAAUUAUGAAUUGAUAUUUUUUUUUUGUGAAAUACAAUUUAAAAUUAAAAAUAUAUUAAGCAAUAAAUAUGAGAUAAUUGUAUAACACAUAUUUCAGUUGUAAAAUGAUUAUAUUACAUUUUAGAAAUUAUACUUUAUUUCACAGCUUUAACUAUUCCAUUUAUAUUCUGAAUUGGAAAGGUAGUUUGAAAUUAGGUCAAACACACACUAACUAUUAUUAUCAAUAUUGUAUUUAUAAUUUACAUUACACACACAUUACCAACAUCAGCCAUAUUUUGUUAAUACAACCUCUCUGUUCUAAGGAUUUCUAUGUCAGUCUCUCUCCACAUCAGACAUGUUGGUGUUAUAUAGACUUAUUAUGGCUGACUGUUAGUGGAGCUCAUAGUACGUCUUCUCUCUCCACCUCUUCCCCUCUGUUCUUUGUGAGGGAAAUAUAACUUCUAGUUUGAGUGAGGCUGGAGUAAGCAUCACUCAUCUCUCUCUCUCUCUUCCUUUCUCUGUCUCUCACUCACACCCAUGCACACACUCACACUAAACAUCACACAUCCACAAAGGAAGACUGAGAGGAACUGCUGGUUCCCCACUGACUCACCACCAACACUAUUCCAUCAACAUGAAGCCAUUGUCACACCAUAGCAGCAGUGACACAGACAACCAUUAACAACAGAACAUUGGGACCAAGUCACAGUUUAUAACAAAGGAUUUUACACAAUGAAGAUUCGGAAUUAAAAGCCAUCAUAACAAUGUCUACUAUAUUAACAUCAGGACCAGAAAUGCUGUUCUGUCUGUGUGUUUUACUGACUUUCUUCCACUGUUAUUUAAGUGAAGAUAUCACAUAUCAUGUUAAAGAAGAGAAUAUUCCUCAUACCUACGUAGGGGACAUUGCUACUGACUUACAGAAAUCAGACAGCUCCUUCUUAAAGAAUAAGGAUUUAAUUACAUUUAGUCAACUCCAACAAAAGGGAGAACAGUUGUUCAAUGUGACGAAAACAGGUAAACUGUACACUGUUCAAACAUUGGAUGCUGAGUCUGUGUGUAGUUAUGAGAAAGAAUGUUUUGAAAUCGUAAAAGUUGCUGUUCACAAAUCCAAGACAUUUAUGAAGAUCUUAAAGAUUAAAGUCGUAAUAGAAGACAUCAAUGACCACCAACCUGAAUUUCCAACUAAAGAAGUCAACAUUCAGUUUUCUGAAACGGAUGGUAAAGGUACAAAGAGAUCGAUAGAAAAUGCUAUAGAUAAAGAUUUGGGAUAUCAGAACAGCUUAAUUACAUAUGAAUUAAAAGAUGAUAGAAGCCACUUUUCAUUACUUGUUGUCAAACGUGCAGAUGGAAUAUCAUCAUUAGAAAUUAUUUUAGAAAAGAAAUUAGACAGAGAAACAAAAGACAGUUACAAUAUUGAGGUCAUUGCUAAAGAUGGAGGAACUCCACCAAACCAAUCUGUUUUAAAUGUUAAAAUAUCUGUUGAAGAUGAAAAUGACAACAGACCACAAUUUUCUCAAAGCGUUUACAAUUUCUCUAUUGAGCAUAAACAUAAAAAGAAUAUUCCGGUAGUCACAUUAUCUGCCAGUGAUUUAGACAUUGGCAGGAAUGGUAAAAUAUCUUUCUAUUUCAGUCCGAAGACUGAUAUGCAAAUGAAGAAAUAUUUUAAUAUUGAUGAAAACUCUGGAAAAAUAUUCUUAAUAAAAUCUUUUGAGGUUGACACCAAAAAUUCUUUAAAAUUAUAUAUUGAAGCUAAAGAUAAUGGAAUUCCUCCUCUCAGUUCCAUAGCAACCGUUAUGGUAAAUGUCAUCAACCAACACAACAAUCCCCCAAAUAUUGAUGUGAACUUUAUUUCUACACAGAAUCACAACACAGCUACCAUUCUGGAAGAUAUCAAAGUUGGUAGUUUCAUUGCUUAUGUGAUGGUCACUGACAAUGAUGUUGGACACAAUGGAGAGGUGAACUGUCAUAUCAAAGACGACACAUUCAAACUACAGUCAAUGGGAUCAAAGGAAUAUAAAAUAGUUCUAAAGAAAGCACAGAAAUACAGUCAACCUAUAGAGGUAACAUCUUAUGGAGAUAACAGACCAUCUUCUAACUAUCCCACUGACACAUUGACCAGUCGUAAGAGUAGUGUACAGUGCUGGAGUGAGCGGUCAAGUAGACAGUAUGAAGAAAUACCAGCAAUGUCAGGAAUCUAUGGUGCCCUACCUGAUGUAUCAAGCACCAUUGAGAGAGACCAUUACCAAGACAGAUAUGUGAAACCUCCAGAGAGACAGUUACCUUCAACACCAGAUGUUGUUUGUGAAAAUACCAUAUUCUUGGACACUGUUUUAACAUCAAGACUAGAGAUGCAGUUACUUCUUUGUGUUUUACUGACUUUCUUCCACUGUUCCCUAAGUGAAGAUAUCACUUACCAUGUUGAAGAAGAGAAGAAUCCCUAUACUUAUGUAGGGAAUAUUGUUGCUGAUUUAAAGAAAUCAGACAGCUCCUUCCUAAAGAAUAAGGAUUUGAUUACAUUUAGUCAACUUCAACAAAAGGGAGAACAGUUGUUCAAUGUGACGAAAACAGGUAAACUGUACACUGUUCAGACAUUGGAUGCUGAGUCUGUGUGUAGUUAUGAGAAAGAAUGUUUUGAAAUCAUUAAAGUUGCUGUUCACAAAUCCAAGACAUUUAUGAAGAUCUUAAAGAUUAAAGUCAUAAUAGAAGACAUCAAUGAUCACCAACCUGAGUUUCCAACUGAAGAAGUCAACAUUCAGUUUUCAGAAAGAGAUGGUAAAGGAGCAAAACUAUCAAUACCUAAUGCUGUUGAUAAUGAUAUGAGUUAUGAAAACAGCUUAAUUACUUAUGAAUUGAAAGAUGAUGACAGUUACUUUUCAUUAUUAGUUGACAAACAAGCUAAUGAAAUAUCAACAUUAGGAAUAAUUUUAGAAAAAAAAUUAGACAGAGAAACAAAAGACAAUUACAAUAUUGAAGUUAUUGCUAAAGAUGGAGGAACUCCACCGAAACAAUCUAUUUUAAAUGUUAAAAUAUCUGUAGAAGAUGAAAAUGAUAAUAAACCAGAAUUUUCCCAACAUGUCUACAAUGUCUCUAUUGAACAUAAACACAAAAAGAAUAUUCCAGUAGUCACAUUAUCUGCCAGUGAUUUAGAUAUUGGCAGGAAUGGUAAAAUAUCAUAUUACUUUGCUAGAAAAACUACUGAGAAAGUGAAAAGAAAUUUUAAUUUAGAUGAAAAUACUGGAAAAUUGUAUUUAGCUACAUCUUCAAAAAUUGAUAAGGAGGAAUCUUUUAAAAUAUACAUCGAAGCCAGAGAUGAUGGUAGUCCUCCUCUCAGUUCCAUAGCAACUGUUAAGGUAAAUGUCAUCAACCAACACAACAAUCCCCCAAAUAUUGAUGUGAACUUUAUUUCUACACAGAAUCACAACACAGCUACCAUUCUGGAAGAUAUCAAAGUUGGCAGUUUCAUUGCUUAUGUGAUGGUCACUGACAAUGAUGUUGGACACAAUGGACAGGUGAACUGUCAUAUCAAAGACGACACAUUCAAACUACAGUCAAUGGGAUCAAAGGAAUAUAAAAUAGUUCUAAAGAAAGCAGUAGACAGAGAGACACAGGAACAUUAUCACUUUACUGUGUCGUGUGAAGAUAAAGGAUUACCUGCUCUGAAAACUGAUAAAGAUCUGUCAAUCCAAGUAAUUUACCAGUACAGUGCAGAGUUGACAAAUGCCUUCUGUUUCUUGUUCAAAUCCAGGAGAAUCACUAUUAGGUGUAUUAGUGGUUCAUUCAUGCAUUGUAGAGCAUCACAGAAAUACAGUCAACCAAUAGAGGUGACAUCUUAUGGAGACAACAGACCGUCUUCUAAUUAUCCCACUGACACAUUGACCAGUCGCAAGAGUAGUGGACAGUGCUGGAGUGAGCGGUCAAGUAGACAAUAUGAAGAAAUACCAGCAAUGUCAGGAAUCUAUGGUGGUGCCCCACCCGAUGUAUCAAGCACCAUUGAGAGAGACCAUUACCAAGACAGAUAUGUGAAACCUCCAGAGAGACAGUUACCUUCAACACCAGAUGUUGUUGCCAGUUAA